AUGGCCUUUCACUUGACAUUAACCUUAGCCAUUAUUGCUUUAGUUUCUUCAUUUGCUCAUGCCUAUGAUCCAAGCCCUCUUCAAGACUUCUGUGUUGCGGCAAAUGACCCCAAAGCCACUAUUUUUAUUAAUGGAAGAGUUUGCAAAGACCCAAAGCUUGUAACUCCAGAAGAUUUCUUCACAACAGGUCUUAAUACUUCCACAUUACCCGCGGCGUUCCCGGGCUCAACAUUUAGUUCGGCUAGUAUUAACAAUAUACCUGCAUUAAAUACACUCGGUCUCACUUUGGUUCGCAAUGACUAUGUGGUUGGUUCCGUUGUUCCACCCCACAUUCACCCUCGAGCAUCUGAGCUUGCCAUCGUUUUGGAAGGUACUUUCUACUUCGGAUUUGUAACCGCUGAUCCAAGCGAUCCGACAAAAAAUCGAGUCCAUGCAAAAACGUACAACGUUGGAGAUGUUUUUGUUACCCCUCAAGGACUUAUUCACUUUGGGGCUAACAUUGGAUCUGGAAAUGGAAGUACUUAUGCGGUUUUCAAUAGCCAAAGUCCUGGGUUUAAUUUUGUAUCGGAUCAGCUUUUUAGAUCUGACCCACUCAUCUUAGAUGAUGUGUUGGCUAAAUCUUUUCGUGUGGAUGAGAAAGUGAUAAAGCAAAUUAGAGCACAAUUCUCUUAG